GGAAGAGGAGGAGGAAGACGAGGAGGAGGAGGGGUGGGUGUGUGCUCCGGUGACUGAGCAGUGGAAGGAGCAGAAGAAGAAGCGGGAGGAGGAGGAGACGGUUAUUAUCACACAACUCGCAUCGGGAUUACAGAACCGACGCAGCGCGGGACGGAGCCGAGCAGCCAUGACGACACCGCACCGAGCCGCCGCUCGUCAUCACCGGAGGUGAAACGGGAAACAUGAGCGAGGACACGCGCCCAGACGAUGACAGCUACAUCGUGCGUGUCAAAGCGGUGGUGAUGACCCGGGACGAAUCGAGCGGCGGCUGGUUGGCGCAGGAAGGCUGCCUGAGCAGAGUGGGCGUGUCCAGGCUGCUGCCCGCCGGACUGCUGGGACGCAAUACAUUCCUCAUCCAUGGAGAACGACUCAAAGACAAGCAGGUGAUUCUGGAGUGUGUUUUAAAGAAGGACCUGGUUUACACCAAGGCCACGCCCACGUUCCACCACUGGAGGGUGGACAACAGAAAGUGCGGUCUGACCUUCCAGAGUCCGUCCGACGCCCGGGCCUUCGACCGCGGGGUGAGGAAGGCCCUGGAGGACCUGACGGACGGCUCCACCACGUCCUCGUCCACGCUGCAGAACGAAGCGGAGCUCGGGGACGAUGACGUGUUCACGACCGCCACCGACAGCUCGUCCAAUUCGUCGCAGAAGAGAGAAGUGGCGCCGCACGUGAUGGCGCCGCCCAACGUCUGCGAGCCCCGCCGGCACCACUGCAUCCUGGGAAAUUUCUUUGAGCAGCACCGGCCUUCUGAUCAUUACUUCCUGGACCAGGCGGUCCGUGUGUUUCCUCGUCACGUCGGCUUCCAGGUGGAGGAAGAGAUCGUACGCAUCAACCCCCGCGAGCGGACCUGGCUCACCGGCUACGAGGACUAUCGUCACGCCAACUCCAGGCGAGACAAACUCCCCCAGCCCAACAACCCCGACGCCUACGUGCACUUCACCAAGAGCGAGCCGCCCAAACACAACCGUACCUCCCCGUACCCGCUGAGCUGCGACGUGCAGCGAGGCUGCAACGGUAAACUGGGCGGGCCGCAGUCGGGUGGCGGCUGCAGAGCGGUGGUGAUGCUGCAGCCCAAAGUCAAACGGUGGAAGGAGGACGGCGAACGUUUGCGCUGCGUUUACUGUCAGGACGUGUUCAACCACGAGGACAACGGACGGGGCCGGUGCCAGGAGGCGCCCGACCCCGUCCAGACCUGCAUCCGGCGGGUCAGCUUCAUGUGGUGCGCUGACAGCCUGCUGUACCACUGCAUGUCGGACCCCGAGGGUGAUUACUCGGACCCGUGCUCCUGCGACACCGGCGACGAGCGCUUCUGUCUGCGCUGGAUGGCGCUGGUUGGGCUGUCGCUGCUGGCGCCCUGCAUGUGCUGCUACGCUCCGCUCAGGGCGUGUCACCGCUGUGGCGUGGCCUGUCACUGCUGCGGCGGGAAACACAAAGCCGUGGGCUGAGGAGCUGCAGGCCCGUGGACCGGUGGACUGGUGGACCGGGGGACCGGUGGACUGGUGGACCGGUGGACUGGUGGACUGGUGGACCGGUGGACUGGGGGACCGGUGGACCGGUGGACUGGU